GGGUAUGUGAAGCGUAGCUCGUCUUCAAAUAUAUACAGUGUUGAAACAUGUUGCUGAUGAAGAGUAGUCAAUUAUGGAACGCCUCGCUAGGAAUCUACGAUCCGUAUUCUAAGAAGCAUGAAAUUGUCGAGUUCCCAGGAAUCUCUCACAAUCCCGACUUCCACAUGGGCGCCGUCCAGGUGGACCGAAAGACGGGAUUGGUCUCAGUCAUCGCGGACGCAGCACCUGCCUUCCCUUCAGAGGGCAAGGAUAUCUCUGGUACUAAUUGGCUCCUCAAGUACGACCCAGUUGCCAAAGAAGUCAUCUACAAGAUCAAUCUCACGGAGACAUCUCAAGGGAAAUACGGCGGGUUUCAAGACAUCGAGCAAGAUCCCGAAGGCAACGUCUUCGUUGUUGGAACAUGGCCCGGAACACUUCUGAAAGUCAGCAAGGACGGAAAGAAGGUCACUCCUUGGUAUCUUCCUGAGAACAUCGUACAAACGCAGAAGGGCAUAGGCGGCAUUGCAGCGCUUGACUACCUCCUGCUCGCUCAGGGUUACCCCACUCCUAACGCAAUCUGGCGCUUCGAUCUCAAGGCAGAGAAAGGUGUCCCGACAACUGUAAAGAUCACCAAUGCAAAUUACACCUUCGGCCAGAGCGAUGCAAUCUACCUUCCUCCCAAAUAUGAAGGAAAGGUCCUGCUUGUCGCCGAGGAUACGAUUGGCAUAUCUGUAUUCCGAUCCGCAGACGCGAAAUGGGAUACUGCAGAGUACAAAGGCCUUGUCCCCAUUGGACCCGUCGAUCCUGGAACCAGCGUCGUGACGCCUGCGCAGGUUGGCGAUGGCAUCUACCAAGUGUUGGAACCGUUUGGUGAUGAAGGCAUUGGUGGACCUGGAACCGCUGGCAAUAGGACCGAUUUCUUGUUCCGAGACAUCACAGCUGAAAUAGCAGCACUGCUAAAAUAAAGCAACUGCGUGCCGUUUUUCCUGGCUGCUUGCUUGUUGUAUCGUAAAAAGAAUAGUGCUUUGUAGCAGUAUCACAUGAAUGCGAUGACUUAUGUAUAUGGAUGAACGACACGAGGAGCAGGAAUACAAAAGCUGCGCACAACUAACGGAAUGUUUCAGUUGUUUUGAAGUAGUGAUUGUGAGGACCGCCCAUGGACCUAUUUCUCCCGUAUAACAGGCCCGUCAAGAGUCAUGAUUUGGCCUGUGAGAUUCAAUGCCGAAGGCUAUCAACAUAAUAAAAAAACCAAGUCACAUUGUGAACUUAACCACAG